UCAUCACAAUUUUAGUGCAUCUAUUUAUAAUUAGACUACGCAAAACUAUUUAUAAAUCGAAACACUUUUAGGAUUUAGUCAAUUCACCAGUAGUAGUAGAACAUGAACGCGAAAAACAGAAGCUGAAAUAUACGGCCGCGCUUUGUGUGCUUUUUUUGUUCGAAUUUAGACAGACUAACCCAAUAAUCCAGUCGAAAAUUCGAUUGGAAAUUCGGAUAGGGGUUACAACUCUGAAAGUUGGCAGAGUAAAUGUUGGAAAAGCCGGCCCUCCACGGGUGCACUUUCGAAAAAACGACUUUUAAUUAAAUUCACGUGAACGAAACUAUGUGUAAAGAGACGGGGAUGAUUGGAAAUUGGGCAUUUAAAACAACUGCCAUUGUCCCCCCUUGGAAUCGUUUGUGGACUUUUAUAGUUGGUCUUUGCAUCUGUACCAAUCUAUUUAACGUGGCAGCACAUGAAAUAGGACAUUCGCUGGGACUUUCUCAUUCCAAUGUGGAGGGCGCGCUCAUGUACCCCUGGUAUUCUGAGAUGAAGGAUGGAUUCGAGUAUGAACUGCCCGAUGAUGAUAAAUUGGCAAUACAAUCCUUGUAUGGAUUCCGAGGAGAUAGACAAUGGGGACGAAUUCCUCAAUACCAUCCUCCGCCUCAACCUCCCACUACAACUACGACAACUACUACGACUACGACCACUACCAGCCCUCCUCAAAGAGCUUAUCCGAGGAGUCGGUACAAUCCCAGGUAUCAUAAAGGAAGGCAUCCGACGUACAACAAACCGGAGAAGAACCCCUAUAAACCGAUGAACCCGGAGAAAAAGCCCCAUCAUAAUCAUGGCACUCAUGGAACUGAUAGGCUUUAUCCCAACGACAAACGUCCUUAUACAGGUCACCACAAUCCGCCAACGGAUCCUCCCUACAUCAAACCGACGAAACUGGUUCCAAAACAUUUCCACACGACGCAUAGACCGACUGAAAGGACCGCAACUUCUUCACCGAAGGAAUAUCCGAACGGUGAAACUCCGCCGGAUACUUGUGAUACUUCCUACGACGCAGUGGCUGUGAUAAGACGCGAACUUUUUAUAUUUAAAGAUAAGUACUUCUGGAGAAUUGGAGACAACGGUCAAGUGACUUCCGGCUAUCCGGCAGAGAUCAAUCGUCUGUUCCGAGGCUUUCCCAAGACCCUCACGCAUGUGGACGCAGUUUUCGAAAGGGCUGAUGGAAACAUCGUUUUCUUUGUUGACGAUAAGUUCUACUUGUUUUCGGGAGUCAGUUUGGUGCCCGGGUACCCAAAGCCUCUUACCGAACUAGGUUUACCUAACAAUUUGAAGAAAAUUGACGGGGCGAUGGUUUGGGGCCAUAAUGGAAACACUUAUUUCUUUAGCGGGAAAGACUACUGGAAGUUUGAUGAUAACGAACAAGAAGUAGAGAAGGAUUAUCCGAGAAAAAUUCACCCAAUGUGGAAAGGAGUCGGGACAGACAUUGAUGCGGUCUUUCAAUGGAAGGAUGGUAAAACCUACUUUUUCAAAGACAAGGGAUUCUGGAAAUUCAACGAUAUCCGCAUGAGAGUCGAUCAUUACGAGCAGAAGCUGUCGGCACCCGUUUGGAUGGGUUGCAAACACAACUUCGAACAGAACGACCUCAACCAGAAACUUCCCUACACCGAUAGAUCGGGAGGAUCAGCCCUGAGCUCAGUUAACCAAUUGCCGUUCAUUUCCUUUGUAGGAUUGCUGUUAGCGAUCGUUCAUUUAUUAUAGGAUACAGUUUGAGGUGAAAUUGAUUGUGAUAAAGCAAAAAUUGGGUAUUUUUGUAAGUAGGUAUGUAAGUCUGUUUUUGUUUGCAGAAAAACUGUUUUUUUGUUUCCCGAAACAGUGAAAUGUCAUUUAAAGACCAAUAAAAUUAAUUAAUUUAGUGCCAAAUACUCAAUUUAAAAAGUCUCGAACCGCUCAUAUAAGUAGCAAACUUUUCAGCCUCGAUUAAUUAAAUCUAUUUGUAGUUAUGCAUUUUCCUGUAAAAUUAGGCCGCUGUGCAAUAACGAAAAUCGUCCGAUUUGAUUUGAAACAAUUGGUUUAAUUGCCAUUUUCAUACACAUUAACUUACUACGCUUUAGAACUGCACUGAUGGGCAAACAGGUUCAACCAUUUAAAAUCUCAUUUUGCAUGUAAACAACGCAUGCCUAUCAGUGUACUAGAUAUCAUUUUUUUUAAGUUAUCAUAGGGAAACUGACGAAAAUUAAAACCUACUAAGUCAUUAAGACUGAGCCAGAAAUAAUACUAACAAGCAAUUGACCUGCUUUUCACUGCCUUUUAAUUAGCAAUCGCAUCAAAAAUACGUUUGUGAUACUCGCGAUCGCAAAUGAAUCUACCAUCAUGUUCUAUGAUUUUUAAACUUUAGGCGUUUAAUUUCUGUGAUAUUUUUUAUAACCAUUUUUUAAAACUUGUAUACUUAGCCUGUAGUCAUGCGUAUCACGAGAUUUAUUUACUGCAUUUGUAAUAUUAAUUUCACCGAUUAACUCUGAAGAUACACUGUAUUGGAAAUGUCCUGCUUAGGAUAUUUUAGUUUUGGGGUAAAUUUCUAAUUGAGCCAAUCAGCCAAACAAUCUGGCUUUACAUGAUUAUCAGAAUAAAUACCAUUUCAAUUUGUAAUUUAAGAACGUUUUAGUUCUUGUACAGAAUAACUAUAUUAGAAUUAGCCUUCGCCACUGCUGGUGAGUAUUGUAAAACCUACAAGGUUUAUAAAUAGAGCAAACUUUCUGAAUUUAGUGCCCAUCAAGUUACCGAAAGUAAUUAGCUGCACUAACAAUUCCUGGUGAUUUUGUGGACUUUUGAAGGGCACUUUGUAUGUAUAUACGAAACCACAUAUUAGAAUAUAACAUAUUUAUAAAAUCCUAUUCAUUAAAAAAUAAUUUUUUAAU